AUGUUAAAGAAUCGUCUUCAGCACCUUUACCUUUGGGAUAUAGCAGGCCAAGAGCGUGUAAGGGGACUGAACCGCGUGUACUUUAAGGGAUCCAGUGGUGCACUUGUUGUGUAUGAUGUGACAAACGGGUCAACAUUGGAUGGAGCUCUUAACUGGAAACAUGAACUUGAUGGUCAAGUAAUGCUGAGAAACGGCCUUCCGGUCCCUGUUGUACUUCUGGCCAAUAAAUGUGAUGAGACUAAAGUGUGUCGGAGGAACGCCUCUCUUCUGGAGAAUCUCUGCCAGGGGAAGGGCUUCAUUGAAUGGUUUCAGACAUCAGCAAAGGAGAAUAUCAAUUUGGAUGAAGCUGCUAAAUUCCUCGUGAAGCACAUUCUCCAAAACAAUGAGGAAUCAGUGAAAGAAGAAGAGCAGAACAUGCAAAUCAACCUGAAGCAGCAGGCAAAGAGCAAAUCAACCUGCUGCUGA